GUCAGAGUGACAGCAGCAAGAGGACGUGCUACCUGUCCAACACCUCUGGGUAACUCCAACCUGCUCCGCGGAUGACCCGGGGGGAGGUGAAUGUUGCUCUUCCCAGCCCCAGCCAAAACUUGCCUCCUAGUUAGAGACUUUCGGCCAUUCUCAGAAUUCCAGACAUAGCCUCAAUAGAUGAGAGUCUGCCAACACCAAGGUUAACAGAUUCUCACACUGCCUCGGGCAGUGAGAAAGAAGAAUUCAAAGAAUGACUGAGCUGUGGCAGCUGGAGGAAAGAGCCCACAACUCCCUGCUGUGACUAUGAGGAGGGCCAACAGGCAUUUGGAUGUGUAAGGCCCUGCCUUCCAGAGUGGCCAUGUCAGAAGGAGAGAGCAAGGACAGCUCGGGGAGUGAGUGCCCCGUGUGCUAUGAGAAGUUCCGAGACCUGGAAGGUGCCAGCCGGACACUGAGCUGUGGCCAUGUGUUCUGCCAUGACUGCCUAGUCAAGUAUCUACUCUCCACUCGUGUGGAUGGGCAGAUCCAGAGGAUCAUCAUCUGUCCCAUCUGCCGCUAUGUCACCUUCCUCAGCAAGAAGAGUUCCCGCUGGCCUUCCAUGCUGGACAAGAGCUCCCAGACGCUGGCCGUGCCCAUGGGCCUGCCCUCUGUGGCCCCACCCGACACUCUGGGUCACACAAACCCUCUGGCUGUCUCGCAGCCUGUCUGGAGAACGUCCCCAAGUCAGAGUGCUCAGCUCCCUUUGGAUGUGCUGCCCAACCUGCCCCGGGAGCCACAGAUCUUUAUCAUCAGUCGCCACGGGAUGCCCCUGGGGGAGCAGGACAGUGUCCUGCCACGGCGCAGCCUGGCAGAGCUCUCUGAUGCAUCCCCAGCGCCCAGCUCCACCCGGUCAUUCUGCUGCCGCUCCCGAGCCCUACUGCUCAUCACCCUCAUUGCUGUGGUGGCUGUGGUAGCUGCCAUCUUGCCCUGGGUGCUCCUGGUGAGGAAGCAGGCAUGAAAGGUGGCAUCUGGAGGGGUGCCAGGCCUGGGUGCUAUUCUAGAAGCUUUCCCACUGCUCCACACAGCAUGCAUGAGGGAUGGAUGUGCAGAGAGGAUAGAAGGAGGCUGCUGACUGGAAGUAUAGAGGCAUCUCUCCACCUCCAUCUCCUCAGCCCCAACAGCUUAAGCUUAAGGGAGGUUAGGGGUAGCGGCUGGUGACCUCUGACGUCAAGCAGCUAAGCAGAAACUAAGACCAAGAUAGAAAAUGUAAUGGGAUUCCCUUCCUCAGUUACAACAGCAGUGCCUCACUGGUGUAUACAGAGCAAAUACUUUCCUCUCCUCUAACCAAGAACCAAGAAGAGUAGGAAAAUGGGUGGGUACUCCUACCUGCUGGGUCACCCAGCUCUGAGGAGCCAGGUGACCUAUGUGAAGCCAGGUGGGGCUCCCUGAGGACAAGGAAGUUUGACUGGCACAUUCUCCUGGAUGGAGACCCAAUGGCAGGACACUGUCAGGUGAGAAUUCCUACCCAGAAUUCUCUAGUUUGCUCUCAGGAAUGAAUAGAAAGGGUGAUACAGAGGCCCAAAGCACACAUUUCCCAGAAUGCCAGUGCCCACUCACAAGUGUGCCUGUCUUCCCAUCCCUAAUUCUCCCUCCCUGGCCCCCCACUCUGAAGGCACCAGCCUGAGGGAGAAUCUGUGGGGCCAUUUAAAAAAAAAUUUUUUUUUGCGGGUGGGGGGAAGGAUCUUCUUGAGGACUGACGUAUCAGAAAACCAGUUUGAGGCUGAAGCCAACAGAGGAUCCACAGCAAAGGCAAAGGCAUCCCCCAAUCUUUCUGGCUCAAUGGGUGCUCCAAAUUUGAGUCUUGGGGUCCUCAAGGGUGGCCUGGAAGGCAGGGAGUGCAAAAGGCGCCCUAAGUCAGCUGAGAAGUAUGUAGGCAAAUUAAGCCCUGGGGGCUCCCACCUCCCUGCCAGUCCAGGUCCACCUCCUCAUGACCCAACCACUCAUUAGAGGCCACACCAGCUGGGCCAGUUUCUAAGGUGGAUUCCCAGGCUGGGCUGGGCGAGGAAGGGUGGGGAAGAAAACAGCUGUUCUUGUCAGAGAUGCUACUGUCUCCUCAAAUACCGAAACCCAGGUGUUGUCAGCUGCUGGGCCAGGUCUCUGUACCUCGGGACCUCACACUGGACUGUGUUGGGGAUCCUCUAGUUGGCUCUUGCCAGAAGAGCCAGUCAUUUGCAAACAACUAUUCUUUUGUUCGUUAAGGUCCCCCCAAAGUCAGGGACUGGGUGGUGGUGCACCUGGUUGAGUGCACACAUUAUAAUGCGCAAGGACCCUGGUUCAAGCCCCCAGUCCUCACAGUUUCCUGCAGAGAGGAAACUGCCUGAGUGAUGAAGCAGUGUUGCAGGCGUCUCUCUUCCUCUCUCUUCACUCCUCCUCCUCAUUUCUAUCUGUUUUAUCAAUUUUUUUUUUAAAAAGUUCUUCCCUAGGAGCCAUAACCUUAAAUGAAUUUUAAGGUUAAAAAAAAAAAGACAAAAACCUCCAGGUAUUCUCUUAAAUUGGUGGUUAUUCACUCCCCAGGUGUGCCAGCAGCUAAGCCCUCUACAAUCUCGCUCUCUCUCUCUCUCUCAAGAUUUUAUUUAUUUAUUCAUGAAGAAUGAUAAGAAGAGAGAGAGAGAGAGAAUGAACCAAACAUAACUCUGGCACAUGUCCUAACAGGGACUGAACUCGAGACCUCACACUUGAGAGUCCAAUGCUUUAUCCACUGCACCACCUCCCAGACCACUCUACAGUCCAGUUCUUCCUCAGUAAAUAUACUGUCUGGAGAAAGAAACAGCGCUCUGCCUUUUACCUCGUUCUCAAAUACCUGCAGAGGUGAUCUGCUCAAGGGCCUCUGGGGUUGGGACCCAUAGUACAAGAGAUAUUUGGGACAAAGGAGACGAGUUAAAGCAUUUACGGACUUCUUUGUGCUCUUUUCAAGAACAGAAGACAAGUGCUAUGGGGAGAUAUGGGUGGAUCUGUGGGGGAAAUAUUUAUUGUAAGAAUAAAAAUCUUAAAGUUACAAAAACUCCAAUGAGUAUUUUCAGCCUCAGCCUCAGCCAAACUGCUUCAAACAGUGCCAUGCCUUUCUGGGGACCUGAUUUUAGCCUUAUUCUGUUAUGCUUGUUGUGAGUUAAUUUUAAACUAACUGUAGCUGUUUGCGUACUGUCCCAUGGUGACUUGUAGAUGGCACCUCUUUUGUUUUCAAAGAAUGCCCAAAGCUAUUUUUUAAAUAAAAGUAUCUAUUUUCUCAAAAGA